CAGCACAGCCAACAUCGCACGCCCACUGCAAGGGAGGUGUCAGGUUCAGCGCGGACGUGCACGAGGGAGAGGUGCGCGCCCUGGCUGCGCUCAUGACGUACAAGUGCGCCGUCGUCGACGUCCCGUUCGGCGGAGCGAAGGCCGGAGUUCGCAUCGACCCGAAGAAAUACAGCGAGGACGAGCUAGAGAAGAUCACGCGUCGCUUCACGAUCGAGCUCGCCAAGAAGGGCUUCAUCGGCCCUGGAGUGGACGUGCCAGCGCCGGACAUGGGUACCGGAGAGCGAGAGAUGUCGUGGAUGGCUAGUACAUACGCCAAGACUAUCGGCUAUCUAGAUAUCAAUGCGUAUGCGUGCUGCACGGGAAAGCCGAUCCACCAGGGCGGCAUACAUGGCCGCGUGUCGGCCACAGGCAGAGGUCUGUUUCACGGCAUCGAACAGUUUGUGAAUGAGGCAAGCUACAUGAGCGCGAUCGGACUCACACCGGGAUUCGGAGGAAAGACCUUCAUCGUGCAGGGUUUCGGCAACGUCGGCCUGCACUCAAUGCGGUACCUACACAGACACGGCGCCACAUGCGUCGGCAUCCUGGAAUACGACGGCAGCAUCUACAACCCGGAUGGCAUCGACCCACGAGAGCUGGAGGACUGGAAGAUCGCUAACGGAACCAUCGUCGGAUUCUCCGGCGCGAAGCCAUACACAAAGGAUAGCCUCUUGUUUGAGGAAUGUGACAUCCUCGUUCCCGCGGCGAAUGAGAAGCAGAUCCAUGGCGGCAACGCUCACAAGAUCAAAGCGAAGAUCAUCGCAGAGGGCGCCAACGGUCCGGUGACGCCGGCGGCAGAUCGGCACUUCAUUGAGAACAACGUGCUUGUCAUUCCCGAUCUCUACCUGAAUGCAGGGGGCGUCACCGUCUCCUACUUCGAGUGGCUGAAGAAUCUGAACCACGUCAGUUACGGCCGUCUGACCUUCAAAUACGAACGCGACUCCAACUACCACCUGCUCGGUAGCAGUUCAGCAGUUACGUCACAACUGCAGACAAGGGUGUGGCCAGCCCUAGAGGACUCUGAUUACAGUUCCUUUACACACUUCCGAACUGACAGUCAUGCCAAACUUUUUGGGCUGGAAAGGCCUCGGCCAGUGCCAUCACCCAAAGAAAAAGCAGAACCGUCUAUCACCAUCACAUCAGUCAUGCUGUUUCUACUCGACUUCUACUUGGAGACUCUUCUUAGCUGUGACUUGUUUGUGGCAAUCCUCCAUCCAUCGUGGGGAGCGUCAGAGAAGGACAUAGUUCACUCUGGGCUGGCGUACACGAUGGAGCGAUCGGCGCGCGCGAUCAUGCGGACUGCUAUGAAGCACAACCUCGGGCUGGACCUGCGCACUGCCGCCUACAUCAAUGCCAUCGAGAAGAUCUACAAGAACUACCGCGAGGCCGGAUUUACCUUCACAUAGAGCCCUGCUUCCCUGGUCCGCAGCUUCAUCUAGCGAUGGCUUCAUCUAGCAAUGGCUUCAUCUAGCACUGGUUACAUCUAUCACUGGUUACAUCUAUCACUGGUUACAUCUAUCACUGGUUACAUCUAUCACUGGUUACAUCUAUCACUGGUUACAUCUAGCGAUGGCUUCAUCUAGCGAUGGCUUCAUUUAGCACUGGUUACAUCUAGCGAUGGCUUCAUCUAGCAAUGGCUUCAUCUAUCACUGGUUACAUCUAGCGAUGGCUUCAUCUAGCAAUGGCUUCAUCUAUCACUGGUUACAUCUAGCACCUAUAGCCUGUCUUCAUGUUCAUCUAAAGCCUUAUCACAUUUAUCUAGACCUGGGAGACGUUAUCAGAAGCAUCCAGUAGUUCCAUGAUAAGUACUAACACAUGGGCAACGCUACAACUUAACGUACUGUGCAACAUAUGUACAAAUUACUACUAAAAUGGUUCUGAUAGCGCCCCCCUCACUUCAUAAUCGUCCAGCGCCCGAGUCAGUCACAUUUAUUUAGCUAUAGCUUUGUAUUUAAUUAGGUCAAUAUGCACAUUCAAUUGGAACAUGAUAUGUAGUAAUUUUAGUUACUCAGCCGGUCACGUUCGUCUAGUCGAAGACUACCUGGGGAGGAAUCAAUCAGACAUUCAUCCCCCAAAUAGUUAAUAUCUUUCAAAAAGCAAAGCUGUCCAGGCAAACAGUAUUGUUUCUAUACAUGGCAAGCCAUUCCAUGCGGGCGCAUAUGCUUGCAGCGAGUACUAUGAAUGUUUCUAUAAAAUAGAUCUAGUACGAGCGAGAUAGUUUUAUGCACACCUGUGAUCUUAUUUUAACGACUCGCAUCUUGUUUCGAUGUCAGUCUAUGUUUUGUCAAAGAAGGCAGCACGCUUGAUGUUUGGGAAAAAUUGUUGGAAAAAUAUGAAAACUAUUCAAGUAUUACUGGUUUACAAUAUGUAACCAUUUUGAUUUUAAAUAAGUUGAUUUUUUUUCUUGAUGCUAGAAUUGACACUGCAAUUUUUUUUAAAUGUAAGACAAUCAGUUUAUUAAUUAAAACACAUUCACUCUGUGCAUACUCAUUAUCAGGAGUUAAUGAGCAAAUCCAAUUUUAUACAUGACAUGUCAGAGUCCCUGGCAGACGUCGGGAAUGUUUUGUUAUAGUUGAAAAGUAACGAUAUUUAAUAAAAAAUAUCAGUGUUUUGUUACAUCUGA